GCCAUCUUGCUUGGAGCCUGAGAAAGGGAGGAGAGACAGAAGGAACCGGCGACAGUGGUCUCAGGGCCGCUCCGGGGGGCCUCAAGAACCGGAGGCAGCCCCGGAGGUGGUUCCCGAUCCCGGGCUAUGCUCUUGGACCUGAGAAGGGAAGGCGGAGGGCGGCGGGGACAGGAUGGAUGGGGAAUGUCAAGCAAGGAAUACUAGGCGGGGGAGGGGCGUUGCUAUGGCGACUGGGGAGGGGCGGUGUCUGUUCUGAAUCGCUGUGUGUCACCCCGGCGCUGCCCAGGAAGGGCAGGGCUGGGGUGAUGACCAUGGUAACAGCCGGGUGGGAGUUCGUGACAUCUCCGGCGCGGAGGGACUCGAUGUCUAUGGCAGUGGUCGCCUGGCGGACGGGACGGAACUAGAUCCCUUCGCUCGGGACGCUCACAUUCCAGGCCCUUGUCCUGCAGGCUCCCGCGGGCGGACACGCCAGAGGAGGAGGCCGGGGAAUGGCCGCGGUGUGGCAGCAAGUCUUAGCAGUGGACGCGAGUUUCGGACGCAGUAUAUCCGCCGGCGCAGCCAGCUGCUGCGGGAGAAUGCCAAGGCUGGGCACCCCCCAGCGCUGCGUCGGCAGUACCUGAGGCUUCGGGGGCAGCUGCUGGGCCAGCGCUACGGACCCCUCUCUGAGCCAGGCAGUGCUCGUGCCUAUAGCAACAGCAUCGUCCGCAGUAGCCGCACUACCCUUGACCGCAUGGAGGACUUUGAGGAUGAUCCUCGGGCCCUGGGGGCCCGUGGGCACCGUCGUUCUGUCAGCCGAGGCUCCUACCAGCUGCAGGCACAGAUGAACCGUGCUGUCUAUGAGGACAGGCCCCCUGGCAGCGUGGUGCCCACGUCAGCGGCAGAGGCAAGUCGGGCCAUGGCCGGGGACACAUCACUGAGCGAGAACUAUGCCUUUGCGGGCAUGUACCAUGUUUUUGACCAGCACGUGGAUGAGGCAGUCCCAAGGGUGCGCUUCGCGAAUGAUGACCGGCACCGCCUGGCCUGCUGCUCACUCGACGGCAGCAUCUCCCUGUGCCAGCUGGUGCCCGCCCCACCCACAGUGCUUCGUGUGCUACGGGGCCACACCCGUGGUGUCUCUGACUUCGCCUGGUCCCUCUCCAAUGACAUCCUCGUGUCCACCUCACUGGAUGCCACCAUGCGCAUCUGGGCCUCUGAGGAUGGCCGCUGCAUCCGGGAGAUCCCUGACCCUGAUGGCGCUGAACUGCUCUGCUGCACCUUCCAGCCCGUCAACAACAACCUCACCGUGGUGGGGAACGCCAAGCACAACGUGCAUGUCAUGAACAUCUCCACGGGCAAGAAAGUGAAGGGGGGCUCCAGCAAGCUGACGGGCCGUGUCCUUGCUCUGUCCUUUGAUGCCCCUGGCCGGCUGCUCUGGGCGGGUGAUGACCGUGGCAGUGUCUUCUCUUUCCUCUUCGACAUGGCCACGGGGAAGCUGACCAAAGCCAAGCGUCUGGUGGUGCAUGAGGGGAGCCCUGUGACCAGCAUCUCAGCCCGGUCCUGGGUCAGCCGCGAGGCCCGGGAUCCCUCACUGCUCAUCAAUGCUUGCCUCAACAAGCUGCUGCUCUACAGGGUGGUAGACAACGAGGGGACCCUGCAGCUGAAGAGAAGCUUCCCCAUCGAGCAGAGCUCACAUCCUGUGCGCAGCAUCUUCUGUCCCCUCAUGUCCUUCCGCCAGGGGGCCUGCGUGGUGACGGGCAGUGAGGACAUGUGCGUGCACUUCUUUGAUGUGGAGCGGGCGGCCAAGGCUGCCGUCAACAAGCUGCAGGGCCACAGUGCACCUGUGCUUGAUGUCAGCUUCAACUGCGACGAGAGCCUACUGGCCUCCAGUGACGCCAGCGGCAUGGUCAUCGUCUGGAGGCGGGAGCAGAAGUAGGGUCCUGUCAGCCCUGCUGCUGUCCUCCAUCCCACCCCUCUUACUCCAGCCUCGUGUUGUAAAUAAAGUUUCGGUGGUCGUGCUGAGGGCCAGCUCCCAACUCUGCCAGGGACGGGCAGGGCAGCGGGCAGCUCCAGAAACACGGUGGAA